AUGACCUUAUUUUCAACAUUACCGUUUCAACAAUACAGUAUCGUUCGUCGCUUGGUCUUUUUCUGUUCCAUUAUUAUUGCUCACAAUCUUGGUCAGUUAAACGUCCGGAUUGGUCAUCUAUUGCCAAGUAAUCCAUUUGUGAUUAAUGAACCGCAAGUACUCAAAAUGUGUGCAGAGGAUUUGAAAGCUCGUGGCAUUAUUCCAGCAAAUAUUUCGUUUGGCAAAACAUUUCAUCAUUUAUCUGUAUUAUUCAAUUCAAUUGAUUCGAUUCUUUUUUCAAAUAGAAUUGAUACGAUGGAGUCAUGCAAUGACUACAGCGGUGUCGAAAAUGCUGCAUAUUUACAUUAUAUACGUAACGCAAAUAUCUAUUUUGGACCUGGUUGCAAUGAUGAAAUCCUAGUGAUUGGAAAAUUGGCUCCUAAAUGGAACGUGCCAAUAAUAGCGCAUACGUCUGGUGACGAUGCAUUGGCUGAUCGAUCCAUCUAUAGUACAAUGGGUUCAGUAGCGCUUACAUCGGCACCAGAAAUGGCUCAAGCCAUUCUGACUUUUAUCGAAUUGAAUGCAUGGAAACAGAUUUGUAUUGUAAGACGUGAGAAAGAUUAUAAAAAGUUGAGUGUCUAUUCAAUCAAACAUAUAAUUGAUACCAAACAAAAUGAGAACAUCAUCAUAAACGCUGAUGUGGGCCUGGAUCCAUAUAGUUCAGUGGAGGAUAUUCUCAAAUCAACCGUCAUUUCUACACUGUCAUCCAACUGCCGAAUUAUCGUUUGUGAGGUCGAUUUGGAUAUAAAUGCUGCCACGAAUUUCAUGGUGGCCGCUCGACGAGCGCAAAUGACCAACGCCGAAUACGUAUUCAUCUUGCCAUGGCUUGCCCAUAAAGUCAACCACUUGCCAUGGGAAGCGAACAAUGUUAACAAAGAAGAAGUGAAAGCGUCAUUCGAUGGUGCUGUCACGAUAACAGCUCAUGGUUACGACACUAAAUUCGUCGAAAGAUUCCAACAAAAACUCUAUCAACGAACUGGCAUUGUGUCUGCAACCUACUCUUCAAUGGUAUACAUGUCACUAUACGAUGCACUUUUCCUAUACGGAUUAGCGCUACGUGAUGCACUUGAGGAAACAGGACGAACGGAUGUGGCUUGGAACGGUAAGAUGAUCUGGCAAAAAAUGACGAAUCGACAGUUCAUUGGAAUGACCGGACAGGUACUGAUCAACAGUAAUGCGCUGCGUGUACCAAACUAUGCCACUUAUUUUAUCAAAAACGGAACAAGGACAAUUGUUGUCGAGCUGGAGGCUACGCUUGCAUCCAGUUGUCAAAAUAAACUUUUAACAAAUUGCACAAGUGAACAUGUAGCGCAUGAACUGAUUCAAAAUUACUGGGAUUCAGAAGACGGUCAACCGCCACCUGAUAUGCCAGAAUGCGGCUAUGAUGGUCAUCUUUGUGAUCAUACCAUUUUAAUGGUUGUCAUUGGCUUCUCACUACUCCUUCUAGUUUCUGUACUGAUCGGAUAUAUUCUCUAUCAGAAACUGCGCAAAAUUUUUAGAUUGGAACGUAGACUAAAUCAAAUGAUAUGGCGAGUACCGCGCGAGGAUAUUCGUUUCGCAGUCGCUCGUUCGAAAUCAGAUCUGUCCCGAUACACUGGUCAGAGUGGCUCAUUUCUUGACAGUGAUGCAUCACGGAGCGUUGUUAUGACAACGUUUGGUACGCAACAAGUCAUCUGCAAUGGGAUUCGAUUGGAAGCUAGAACGUACAUUCAGAAUCGCCAUUUGACAUUUGUACGAAAAGAGCUGAAACUACUUAAAGCGGUGAAAUUACUUGAAAAUGAUAAUUUAAACAAAUUUUACGGUAUUUCCUUCAACCAGCCAAAUGAAUUCAUCGUACUGUGGAAUUACUGUCAACGUGGAAGCCUUGAGGACAUUCUUUUCAAUGAAGAACUAAAAUUAGGUCGAAACUUUCAAAUCUCAUUUGCUAAAGAUGUUGUGAAGGUUAUGAUCGCUGAUAAAUUACGCCAUCAUGAAAUUAGACAUGCGGCUGAAGGGACUGAUGAUAAAGAAAACGAUAAUAAAGACAAACAUAAAUCGAAAAAACUGGAGCCGAAGGACGAUGGAGAUAUUUCAGAGCGAAUUCAACUGGCACCAGAAGUGAUACGAGAGAUAUUAGCCACAAAAUAUAUCCCAGAAGGCACACAAGCGGCUGAUAUUUAUAGUCUUGGUAUGGUAAUCUACCAAAUACUCUACCGAGUGGAACCAUUCUAUGAAAGACAAAUGACUAAAACAAUAAUACUCGAAAAGAUUGCAAAUGCGAAUGAAGAAGAAGCGUUCAUGCGUCCAACAUUCCCGAAUGACGGUGGCUACAAUAUGCAGUUGUUGUCUGCGAUUGAAGCGUGCUGGCUAGAAGCACCUGAAUCUCGACCGAAUAUCAAAAAAAUCAAAGCGAUUUACACUCAAAAUUUGGAGACACAAGUUCGUGAGAGGACAAGUUUACUUGAAGAAGCACAGCAACAAGCCGAUCGCCUUCUUUACAAUAUGCUCCCGAGGUCGGUGGCUGAAGACUUGAAGCUUGGCAAAACAGUGCAUCCACAAUUGUACGCAUGUGCUACCGUACUUUUCUCGGAUAUUCCCGGAUUUGCGAAGAUGUCUGCAUCUGCGACGCCAACUCAAGUGGUACAAUUCCUCAACGAUAUAUUCGCUGGUUUCGAUGAUAUCAUUGCAAAACAUGACGCUUACAAGGUUGAAACGAUAAGUGAUGCGUAUAUGAUUGUUUCGGGUGUGCCAAAGGAAAACGGCAAUGCACAUAUUCGAAAUAUCGCCGAUAUCGCACUCAAAAUGAAUGCAUUUAUGAGCACUUUUAACCUAUCCUAUCAUAACGAUGGUACACCAGCGAUUCGUAUUGGUUUCCAUAGUGGUUCGGUAGCAGCUGGUGUUGUUGGUUUAGCGACACCACGAUAUUGUCUAUUCGGUGAUACGGUUAAUAUGGCGUCACGUAUGGAGAGUACCGGACUUGCGAAUAAGAUACAGGCAUGUUGA